CGUCAUGAAAGCGAUGCGUCAGCCGCAUAACUAAUGAGUUUGACAUAUAAAUAGGCAUCUAUAACCCACUGAACAUCACUGAAACAGGUUGAUCUUCUGAACAAGUGCAGACCCAAGAUGCAGACUCUACAGGUACUCUCUCUGACUCUGCUGUCUAUUCUGGCCGCUAACGCCCAAACUUUACGCCCUGGAAAAUGCCCCCAACCUCCCGUCCAAGCUAACUUCGACGCCGCCAGGUAUCUGGGCAAGUGGUACGAGAUCAAGAAGCUCCCUGCUGUCUUCCAGAAGGGCGAGUGUACCACAGCUACCUACUCUCUGGAGAGCCCCGGAGUCGUUGGUGUGCUCAACAGGGAGCUGCUUGCUGAUAACACUGUCAGUGCUAUUACUGGCUAUGCUAAGGCCAAGGACCCCUCUGAGCCCGCCAAGCUGGAAGUCACCUUCUUUGAGGACUCUCCCCCCGGCAACUACUGGGUUCUGUCCACUGACUACGAGGGCCACUCCGUGGUCUACGGCUGCACCGACAUCCUGGGCACCUUCCAUGCUGACUUUGCCUGGAUCCUGAGCAGAGAGUCCACCCUGUCUGAGGAGAAACUGGAGGAGCUGUACCACGUGUUCACCUCCAAUGGCAUCGACAUCGACGUGAUGACCGUCACCAACCAGAGCCCAGAGCUGUGCGCCGACAUGCCUCUGUGGGCCUAAGAGACCUGAUUCAGUCUACAACAUACGAAUGAUUUGCAUUCAUAGCAUGGCUUGCACAUAGACUGCUGUACAAUGUCCAAUGGUUGAUACCUGCAUGGUUGUUCUGUGUUUGGUCUGUUUAUGUUAACUUAUGAGGGAAUGCAAUAAAAUUAUACUAGAAACAUU